AUGCACGAGCGUUUGCUUGGGGAGGGGGAGGCACCAGCAGCUGAGGUGGCACGUUUCUCGAGGGUGGACUGGGACAUCUGCUCAAUGACCCAUAAGACAUCAUCUGCAGUAGACGAAAUGUCUGUGCUCUGCACAGCUGAAUCCGCACAUGAUGCCUACCAGGCAAGAGAAAUAAUGACCAAAAAGAUACCAUUCCACCCCCCACAUUUUAAACUCAACCAGUCCGCACCAUCCAGGAGCUCGCAUCACAGCGGCCACUCCAUUCCUUCCACCUGUCCAGCAGGCUGGAGGUACCACCACCACGCCUUCCACAUUUGCCUCCUUGAUUCAUUGUUUGACCUCCUCAGGCCUGAACUUCGAUGGAAGCCAAUUGACGCGAGAGCCAUCUGGAUAUUUGAGGUGCUGCUCGAAGAGGGGGCCGAAGAGGAGCGUGAGGACAAGGCAUCAGUAGAUUUCAUGAUCUGGGAAGUAGCGACAGUUGCAGGAGCAGGAGAGUCGAUGGUGGCAGUGGUGGCGGGGUUCGACACUGCCACUGUGGGGUAUGUGGGGUAA